CGUAGUGUGUGCGUGAUUUUCUCGUGGUGCUCCGUCGUACCGUUCGGAUUGGCCCGGGGUGCGUGUGGAAUACCGCCGGAUUUCGUGACCGGAUACAAUUAUCUGCCCAGGGAUUCUUUUCGGUGUGCCGCGGGUGGAAGUGGAGCGGCGGCGUCAUGGCGGCGACUUCCGGCCCACGCACAAAAUGGCGGAAGUGGGACUUCCGCUUCCUCGGAGUCGGCUGGCUCAUGCUUCACGUGGUGACCACCGCCGCGGCCACGGCCCAGUCCCUCGCCCAAGAUAACCUGUGCUACCUGACGCACGGGGGUUCCUCCGAAACGUUCACCGUCAAUGAAGCAUUCCCAGUCGAGAGCAUCAUAGGCACCCUCCAGGUGGCCGGCAACGCGAGCGAAACGUACGGCGACAUUGAGCUUCGGAUGGCGGAUCCGGAGAAAGCACCGCUGUCCAUCCUGCCGGGCACCAAGGACCUGGUGCUCAGGCAGAAGCUGGACAAGGAAGGCGAGGACGGUCUCCGCUCAGUCACCACCGACGUCAUCUGCGCGCCGAGGCACACCCGGGACAACGAUCACCUGAGUAUCACGGUGCCCGUACGGAUCAUUGUGACGGACGCCAACGACAACGCCCCGGAAUUCCAGGGUACCCCGUACUUCCUCAACGUCAGUGAGAUAACAGUACCAGGAACCACCGUCAUGCAAGGCAUCCGGGCCGUGGACAAGGACCAACCAGGACCGUUCAGCACGGUCGAGUACUACGUGGAGGACGGACCUUACUCGCACCUGCUGACGUUCGAGAGCAGACUUGAAGGAUCUCUGGUCUUGAAGGACAGGCUGGACUACGAGACAGUGCCCAGAUUCACAGUCACCCUUCGGGCACAGGACCAAGGGAACCCGCCGCAGAGUUCCCAUACGACGCUGGUGGUGGUGGUCCAUGACGCCGACGACCAGAACCCCAGGUUCCUCGCCGAGAGAUACUUCGUCCACCUGCACGAAAAUCCGCGUCUGGGGGUUCCUCUGGACGUGAAGCCGAGCAAAAUUCAAGCUGAAGAUCCGGACGAGGAGAUCAGAGCUCCCAUUAAAUAUACCUUCAAUUCAGACGCCCCGGAGUACUCCUACUUCGAGCUGCACCCGCAGACGGGUCACGUGACCCUACAGCGGCCGCUGCCCGAAGGCUUCGCGCUGCCCGUCACGCUGGUGGUGCGCGCCACGCAGAAGGACAACGCGGACCGCUUCACCCUCACCACGCUCACGCUGACCGGAGACAAGUUCCUGCCCCACGAGCUCCACUUCCUCAACUCCCACUACGAGGCCAGGGUGCUCGAGAGCACGCCUCCGGGCCAGAUCGUGCUGUCCCUCCACACCACCAGGGCCACCGAAAAGAGCGUGCAAUUCCAGCUACUCGAGAAUGAGGACGAUAUGUUCGCCAUACAACCAACGGGAGAGAUAAUCCUUGCCCGGCAUCUAGACUAUGAAAUGAAGCAGGACUACACAUUGCAAGUUCUUGCCACUGACGGAAAAUAUAAUGACGUUGCCAGGGUGAACGUAAGCGUGAUCAAUGUCAACGACAACGACCCGCAGUUUCGUCAGGGACGUUACUCCUUCAUGGUGACUGAUCCACACAUCAAGAAAGGAGAACUGAUAGGAAAAGUAGAUGCUGUUGAUGCAGACAGUAAUGACACCGUGCAACUGAGCAUAGAUGGACCAUCAGCACGGCUCUUCAUGAUCAACAAUCGCGGGGAGGUGCGCAUCCGCGACUUGGAGUUCCUCAACUCGACCACGUCCCACCUGGUGGUGGUGGCCACUGACGACGGCGUGCCACCCCGCAAGUCCACGGCCCUGGUGGAGGUCAAGUUCCCUGAGGAGGCCGUGGUGCUGGGGAGCGUCCUGGCGCCCAAGAAGGAUGAGGGCAGCUUCAUCCUCAUGAUCGUCUUCGGGGCACUACUGGGCUCCCUGCUCCUCAUCAUCAUCACCCUCACCGUCUACAUCCUCAAGAACAAAAAGUACCGCAACCGACUGCCAGUGUCCAUCAACGGAAAUGGGCAUGCCCCCUUGAACAAGGUGGCCAGCAUCAAGAUCGCCACCAGUGCCACCAACAAGCUCAUCAACCCCCCGCGACCGCUCGCCGGCGUAGAGAACCCCAUCUUCAACCUCUCCGACAGCAAGUCGGAAGACACGACGGAGGACAUGAGUGAGAGGGAGACUGUUCCCGACAGUCCGGAGGCUGCCCAGACGCCCAACGGGGCCGUCCCCAACGGGAGAGUCUUGGAGGCGGUCCGAAACGGACACCUGGGCAAUGGAAACAUCAUGAGCGUCCAAUGGCCCAUCGGCUCCAUUCCAAGGAGGGUCAAGAAGCUCAGUUGGGAGGAUGAGCAGCCCAACAAGACUGCGCUGGACCCGGACGUCAGCGUCACACCUCUGACCAACGGUCAGUCUCCAGAUCACAACGAACUUACAGUGUACUUCUAGGUCAAUCUACCAACUGAACUCUCAUCCCAUACCGGGAAGCCUCUGAGGACCACAGCUAAGCAAGCCCAUCAGACUGAGAGGGAAGUGUUCAGCAAGCAAGUGUGAUAUCAACCCACAAGUGCCUUCAUCACAACUGCAUCAAAACCCCCAGAUCUUCCAACGCCGGCAUCUCACCCGACGAGAUUGUGUGCCCUUUACUGCCAGAGUGCUUCACGGCGAGGUGCAGUGUGGUGAUCUGUGUGGAACCAACCAGAAGGCCCACGAUGGGGCAAACUCUGUUUCGUAGUAGCCCGGUACUGCUAAAUGCCCCCUGAAAUGAACCUUUGGUGAGAUAUUCUGGAGGUCUUUGCAGGUAGUGAGGGCCAAAGGGGUGAAUCCUACACUCUUAGAGACUCUGUGAACGAAAUGUGUUUCAAAGCAUGAUGCUUUUUUUCUACAAGGAAGAACAAAGUGAAAAACAGCCAACUAGGAGGGGGGAGGCUCGCCGAGAGUGCGUUGAUAUCUGCGACUCGUGCGAAACUGCCCGAAACUUCUUUCUGCAGCCCGCAAGUAGAAACCCUAACAUCCAGCAAUCGUCAAGUUGCAUUCAAUAAGGCAACAGCAGCAAUAUCACAGAAUUCAAAACUAGAAAUUCGUCUAGUGGCAAGCAAAUAACAUUCAUAUAAAUAACCUGCAGAUACUGAAAGCCGAACCAUCGAAGUGUAACUGCUCUUUGAACACUCGCCGCAAUCAGUGCUGCAAAGACAAUGCAAAAAUUGAAAAAAGAAAAUUGUGCCCAAAACAAGAUGUUCUGUAGACGGUGUAUCACAUUUAAAAUAGCCAACACUGCUCUGGCCCAUGAGAAAGCCACGGAGAAAAGAAACCUGAAAGUCAGGGACAUGCCGUUAUUCCUUUUGAAGGAACCUCCAAGCUCGAAGGAACCUACAAUCACGUCUUGGCAUAUUUAUUGUGUGGUCGGUCACAAUAGUGUCUCCUCAAGUGCCAACACUUCUCUUCCUCAUUUUCCCAAACUGUGUAUUUUUGUGAAAAGGAGGCUUCUGGGCCGAAAGAACUAAUUAAACUCGGCAUCUGAUGAGGAGCAGAAUCCCAGCUUUUGCAAUGCCUUAUACGAGUUAAUAACCUGCAUCGCGGCUUUCGAUGCUUUCGAUUCACCAAAGAGACUGUGAGGAAAUUAACCCCAAGUGUAAAUAGGAAGUGAGUUUUUUGUUGUAAAUAGUAUACCUCAUGCAUUUUGAUUACUGAAGAACAAUCCCAGACAAGGAAUUGCUCGGUGACCUCUAUUUUUUUAGUAUGUCUCAGAGGAAAUUGUGUGCAUAGUUUUGUAUAGUUCCUGGUCUGUUUUUUUUUCAGCAGUGUAUUGAACACUCAAGAAUAAAAUGAUGUUUCUAAAGUUCA